GUCCGCGGUCGGGAAGACGAGCUAACAUUUUUUCCAUUCACUUCAGAGUUUUCCCUUCUCGCGUCAUGACUCACGUCUUCGUCUACGGCACUUUAAAGACGGGCCAGCCUAACAACCCACGCAUGACUGACAAAGGCAACGGACAUGCGCAGUUGCUCGCCUCAGCGGUCACAACUCAGAAGUUCCCCCUGGUGAUCGCCACGGAGCACAACAUCCCUUUCCUCCUCAACAUCCCAGGUCAGGGUCACAGGGUUCGCGGCGAGAUCUACGAGGUGGACGAGCCCAUGCUGACCUUCCUGGACGACUUUGAAUGCACGCCCGCCAUGUAUCAGCGAAGUCAGGUGACGCUGGAGGUGGAGGAAUGGCUGGGCCCGGCGGGCGACAAGGAGAGGUGGGCGCCGGGCAGCGUCACUCAGGCCUUUGUGUACAGCACCACCACGUAUCAGCCUGACUGGCCCUCGCUGAAUCACCAUGACAACUACGACUGCGAUGGCCAUCAUGGGCUCGUCUACAAAAAUCAUUGCACUUGAGCCAUGGACUAGUGGUACUCGGCUCUCCAUGCACCACCAUAAUGACCAGCAUUAAAUACAGUAGAGUAGUACACCUAAGUAAUUAAGUAUAAGCAGGGGCGCCACUAGGGAUUUUGGGCCCCAUGAAAAUAAUCCAACACAGUGUCAUUAUUUUUUCUGUAUUAUAAUUUCAUCAUCAUUAGGGGCCUCUCUGGGCCCCCCUCCAUCAUGGGCCCCUAGAAUCCGUCUCCUUUACCCCCCCCCCCCCCCCCUUUUCGGCGCCCCUGAGUAUAAGUAUAUUUAAUAUUUUUAGCCACUGUAAAAUUACAGUUUUUACAGUAACACUGUUAGAAUAUUACCAUGAAUUGAUUAACGUGGACCCCGACUUAAAGAAAGAUGCUACCUCAGUAGAAACAUUUAAGUCCCAUCUCAAAACUCAUUUGUAUACUCUAGCCUUUGAAUAGCCCCCCUUUUUUUAGACCAGUUGAUCUGCCGUUUCUUUUCUUUUCUCCUCUGCUCCCCCCUAUCCCUUGUGGAGGGGAAGACACACAGAUCCGGUGGCCAUGGAUGGGGUGCUGGCUGUCCGGGGUCGGGACCCGGGGUGGACCGCUCGCCUGUAUAUUGGUUGGGAACAUCUCUGCGCUGCUGACCCGUCUCCGCUCGGGAUGGUUUCCUGCUGACCCCACUGUGGACUGGACUCUUACUGUUAUGCUGGAUCCACUAUGGACUGGACUCUCACAAUAUUAUGUUAGACCCACUCGACAUCCAUUGCAUUCGGUCUCCCUAGAGGGGGGGGGGGGGGUUACCCACAUAUGCGGUCCUCUCCAAGGUUUCUCAUAGUCAUUCACAUCGACGUCCCACUGGGGUGAGUUUUUCCUUGCCCUUAUGUGGGCUGUACCGAGGAUGUCGUUGUGGCUUGUGCAGCCCUUUGAGACACUUGUGAUUUAGGGCUAUAUAAAUAAACAUUGAUUGAUUGAUUGAUUGAAAAACUUAUUCGGGUGUUACCAUUUAGUGGUCAAUUGUACGGAAUAUGAACAGUACUAUGCAAUCUACUAAUAAAAGUUACAAUCAAUCAAUUAGAUUGAGUAAUUUUUUGGGGUACCACUAGAUCAGGGAUGUCAAACUGGUUUUUAUUGAGGCCCACAUGAUGAAUUUGCCUAUAUUAAUUUUAUAAAUUGUUUUAAAUAGACUGUCGAUUUUACAAUAAAAACUCAACAUAUACAA